AUGUUUACCACCGAUUUUAUUGAAAAGAAAAACAACGAAGUAAUCAUCGAUGACAUUGAUAGCGAUGUCUUCGAGCAGUUCCUACAGUAUCUCUACACUGGAAACUGUGACAAAAUGGAAAUCAAUUGCCGAGAAAAUUCUGUCCCAAAUCGCAAUCGUUUCGGACAAAAAUCGGAAGAAAUUACUCAAAGAUUGUCGAUUAGUUGUCGGCAAAGAAGAUCAGAAAGAGUUUUUCGUUCAAAACUGUUUCUCAGUUCAAAGUCGGAUGUCUUCGAUAGGAUGUUUACCACCGAUUUUAUUGAAAAGAAAAACAACGAAGUGAUCAUCGAUGACAUUGAUAGCGAUGUCUUCGAGCAGUUCYUACAGUAUCUCUACACUGGAAACUGUGAUAAAUUGUAUGAAAUGUUGGAUGAAUUGCUAUACGUUGCCGACAAAUAUAUGGUAUCUUCGCUGAAGACUAUUUGUUUGAAUUUGAUUUUUUGA